AUGGAAGGUCCAGGGGAGUACCUUGGAUAUCGAGCCACGCAGAGAAAAGUUCGAGAGCAGCACAAAUUGGCUGUUCCUCAUAAUUUCGUCUAUGAUGGCAGUAUGGUAGACCCUGUAGGAAUAAUGAGGCGAGGGAAUGUUGGUUAAAAGAAACGGCAAGGGGGGGGGGGCGACAGGAACGUUUAAAUCACUGGUAAGACCUUAGGAAUUUAUAGGUUUUUUUAUAAACAAUGAGUUUAUUGGCACAAGACAUGUCUUCCUGUUGUCCCUUGUUAUUGUAACAAUAGCACUCACUCCCAGUCAUCCUUCAUCUUUCAAAGUAACCAAUCCCCAUACUUCUCCACGUUAUCCCCUUGGCAGUCUAUAGAAGAAGUUGAGGUGCUGUGCAUUUCAUUUUAUUAACUAUGGUAGUUCUUUGUAAUGUGUGUAAAGCAAAUAAGGCUUUACAUAGAUAUUGGUCUCAAGUCUUCCUGUUUGCUGUUUUAAAUAAAGGGACCUAACCACACCUAUUCAGGGGAUGGUCAUGACAAGCUCAUGGGCUUUAUGAAUAGCACGUUUCCUGUAGCUGUUUAUGGCUUGCAAGAUGCCUUUAGUGGAUACAUUUUGAAUUUGAAAUUAUGGACCACAAACUCUCACCGCAAGCUGAUUGGGCGUUGA